AUGGGAAAGGAUACAUUCACUCUCGGUGGCCGAGAAUGGCCAAAGGUGACAUGGUGGAAGAUGAAGGGCAUGCGCUUCGUCUAUCUCACUCUCUGGGCAGCCAUGAUUACUUCUGCGACCAACGGCUACGACGGAUCGUUGAUGAACGGACUGGAGGCUAUGGACUCUUGGAACGAGUCCUAUAAUCACCCAAAGGGCGCUACCCUGGGUCUCUUGGCAGCCGCCAUGUCAAUCGGCUCCAUGCUUUCAAUUCCCGUUGUCCCAUACGUUGCGGAUAUUCUCGGUCGUCGUGCCGGUGUAGUUGUGGGCUGCGUGAUCAUGCUUUUCGGUGUUGCCAUGGUCUCGAUCGGAUACCGUAUUGCGCUGUUUGUCGUUGGCCGUGUCGUCCUUGGUUUUGGUCUCGGUAUUGCCCAGGAAUGCUCGCCCCUUCUUGUCACCGAGCUGGUGCAUCCUCAGCACCGCGCAGUCUACUCGUCGAUCUAUAACAGUCUGUGGUACGUGGGCUCUCUCAUCGGAGCCUGUGUUGCUUUGGGAACGAACCACAUCGUGGGCAGCGCAUGGUCGUGGCGUGUCCCUUGUCUCUUGCAGGGAAUUCCAUCCCUGUGCCAGUUGGUUUUCAUUUGGACCGUUCCCGAAUCACCCCGUUGGCUCAUUUCUAAGGGCAGACUGGAGGAGGCAAAGAAGGUCCUGGCUUACGUGCAUGCCCAAGGAGACGAAGACGAUGAAUUGGUCAACGUUGAAUUCGACGAGAUCCAACAGACCAUCGAGCUGGAGAAGGAAUUCGAGGGCAACAACUGGACUGAAUUCUGGUCUACUCCUGGCAAUCGCCACCGCUCUAUUAUUCUGAUUUCCAUUGGUUUCUUCUCCCAGUGGUCAGGCAACGGCAUCGUGUCAUACUUUUUGCCUCAGGUCUUGGACAUGAUUGGCAUCACCAACAGCAACACUCAACUCACCAUCAACUUGAUUCUGAGCGCAGUCAAUGUGGUUUCCGCAACUGGAAUUUGUUUCUUCGUCGAUUACUUCGGCAGACGCAAGCUCUUCCUGACAUCCAGUGUCAGCAUGCUUGUGUGCUACGUGGCGACUACCAUUGCCCUGGCCCGCUUCAGCGUGUCCGACGCCGCCGGUGUGUCCAACAACAACGCAGCCAACGCCGUCAUUGUCUUCAUGUUCCUCUUCUACAUUGCCUAUAACAUUGGUUUCAGCGGCAUGUUGGUUUCCUACUCCUCUGAGAUCCUGCCGUACCGCCUCCGUGCCAAAGGUCUUACCCUCAUGUUCUUCUGUGUCGACCUCAGUCUCUGGUUCAAUCAAUAUGUGAACCCUAUCGCGCUGGACGCGAUUGGCUGGAAGUACUACAUUGUGUACUGUGUCUUCCUGGUCUUUGAGAUUUUCGUCGUCUGGAAGUUCUACAUUGAGACUAAGGAGAUUCCCCUGGAGGAGAUUGUCAAGAAGUUCGAUGGUGACCGAGCUAUCCUGGGUGGUGCGGCUGCUUCUGAGAAGGUUCAGGAACUCACUGGUGCUCAUGGUAGAUCCGCCUCCGCGGAUGGUGGUGAGAAGGCGGUUACUUCCCAGAUUGAACUGUAG